GGGAGUUGGGGGGGUGGAAGGUACUGCCGCUGCGCUCCGCCGCAUCAGUCCCAGACGCUGGAGCAGUUGGAGGUGGAGGUAACCAUUACGCGCGUGCCCUGCCGCCAGCGCCUGAUGAGAUGACACUGAAACACCGCAGGACUCCUCUUCUGCUCGCCGUCACCUGCAUGUACUUCUCGGGAGGCUCGCUGUGGUCCUACCAACAGCAGGAUGACAGCCACGGUGAAGAGUGCUCGGAGAAUAACAUUUCUACCACAAAGUACCCCUGCAUGAAGACCAGCGGGGAAGUAACGGCGUGUUACAGGAAGAAAUGUUGCAAGGGCUUCAAGUUUGUGUUGGGCCAGUGCAUUCCUGAAGACUAUGAUGUGUGUGCUGGCGCCCCCUGCGAGCAGCAGUGCACCGACCAUUUCGGUCGAGUGGUGUGCACCUGUUAUCCCGGAUACCGCUACGACCGUGAGCGCCACAGAAACCGAGAGAAGCCCUACUGUGUGGACAUCGAUGAAUGUGCAAACAAUAGCAUGACUACGUGCUCUCAGAUCUGCGUUAAUUCCGCGGGGGGCUACAGGUGUGAGUGUGAGAAAGGCUUUUUCCUGGAAGAAGAUGAGAAAACAUGCACCAAGGGGGAGAGAGCGGUGCAUCUCUUUGAAAAGUCUGACAACGUGAUGAAUGUUGUAACUUGCUCUGCCACUUGUGAAGAUUUCCACCAGAUCAGGGAGUCUGUCUUGCAGCUACAACAGAAGAUGGCCUUGCUGUCAAACAGCGCUGACGUCCCACAGCAGAUGACCAGCAAGAAAGUCCUGAUUCCGCCCAUGUUUUUACCAGGUCCUCCAGGUCUCCCCGGUCCUCCAGGAGAUCCAGGACCAGAGGGCCCUCCAGGGCGUUCAGGGCUGUCGGGCCCCCCCGGGUCCCCGGGUCCCAGGGGCUUGAUGGGACCCAUUGGACCCACGCCUGACCUGUCUCAUGUCAAACGCGGCUCCAGAGGACCGGUGGGACCUCCAGGAGCACCGGGAAAGGACGGGCGUAAGGGGGAUCGAGGAGCUGCUGGGGCUGUCGGACCACCAGGUCCCCCAGGCUCCUUUGACUUCCUGCUCCUGCUGAUGGCGGACAUCCGUAACGACAUCGCUGACCUGCAGAGCAAGGUGUACGGGCGAGCCAUGCACUCUCCGGGCGACUUUCCCGCGGCCCCCGACAGCUGGCGGGACAACCAGGACGCUCUGGAUUCGGGCUCGGGGGAGGAGCGCAAGGACGCUCCACCUCAGACAGGCGGAGGAUCCAAGAGGAACAGGAAGAGGAAACCAGCGCGAGAGAGGACGGACUUUGACUGGAAUAUUUAAUUAAUGGGGUGGGUUUAAAUUCUUACUGUCGGGUGUAAAUAUUGAAGGGGCUUGCUGUUUUUUUAUUUAAACAAAAUGUACUAUAUGCCUGUUGAUCACAGAUGUUUAUUUUUGUACAAUAUCCAAGAGUUUGUGUGAAUAUUUUUUAACUAAAAGUAGACUCUGGAAAUGCAUGUCUUUGUCAACAUAUUGUUCCUUUGUGGCACAUUAAACUAGUAGCUCUUCCAGUCUCUAAAUCAUUCACUUCCCCACAAGCGGCUAGAAGCAAGGAGCAAAAAACUAAACAAAGAGAUGAACGUAAAGGUUGGACUGUUAUGUGAACACACAUCAGUAAAGAAAAAGAAAGAAAGGAAGCCUGUGUGGAUCAUAGGCGAUGUUUCCCCACCAGAGGGAGACAUUCUCAAAGCUGUAAAAAGGUUUUACAGGACUGAAGCAAACCCUCCCAUGAUGACAAAUGUUACAUUACUACAUAUCUAUGUUUUAGGUUGUUGCCAUUAACUACACACCACGCCGAAGGAGACGUUAUGAUCGCUGACAAUGAUGAAUGUAAUAUUCAAUGUAAGUGCUAAAUAGGGGGUGUAGAGAAGUAGUUUUCAGUUAAAUAAUUGAUGUAUGUGACUAUUGGUGUACGUGACCUGUUGGUGUUUAAUUUUGAAUUUGUACCAAUAUGAAAACCUCAAAGGGAUUAUAAGAUGUAAUAUCGUUCUGUCUUUGUGUCGUAUAAUGUCAGUAGCUGGAACCUCUUUGGGCUCUGAAAUGAGAACGAGGUUUCAGCACUUGGCUUCAGGCUAUUUUUGAAGGUAGUGAAGUAUUUUCUGAGCCUUCGCUUCACCUUCUUUUGCACAGCCUCCCCUCUCAUACCCAUAACUUACAUUUGUCUCACUCGGUCCUUUAUUUGCUUGAUAUGAUCUCAAGGAGCUAUAGACCAAAAUAAAGUGGUGUCAUUUUACAAAGAACACGCUCAAGAAACCGCCAGUAUUGCUCGACACCUCUUGCCCUGAGACUUUUAUAUUUACUGGUAUGUAUUUUUGUAUUUACAUCUUUCAUGAUACAUAUUUUUUACACUACUUUAAAUGAAAACAUUGUUGUCAUGUUA